GACUUGAAAUCCAAUGGGGUCUCCCCGCGCAGGUUCGAACCCUGCUCGCAGCGACGGGUCAAACCUUUAGCCAAAGCAAUAUCUCUAAUAAUAGAACUACUAUGAAUGAUGGAUUCGCAGCGAAAGCUGGAUUUAUGCAAGAGCUGAGUUGAGAAAGAGAUGUCUCAGGAUGUAGCUGAUGUUUAAAUACAUCUGUAAACAGGAAUCAACUCAUAUUUCAUAGCCUCAGAAUGCAAAAACAGAUGUGGCCAUCAAACAAACUCAGGAAGUGUUUGGUUACAGUAUAACUGAAGGAAGUUGACAGUUUUACCUCUUAUUCCAGCUGACAGUGAUGUUGAGCGCUCUGAUCCUGCUGCUGAACCUUGGAGGAGCCGCGGCUCUCAAGAUCUGCUCUUUUAACAUAAGGUCAUUCGGAGAGAGCAAGAUCUCCAAACCAGAUGUGAGGGACAUCAUAGUGGAGAGCAUCAGUCGCUGUGACCUCAUGCUCGUCCUGGAGAUCAAAGAUGCAAAAGAAAAAGCGUUUGAUCAACUCAUGACUCACCUGAACAACAGGUCCAGGACACGUGCAAAUGAAUUUAGCUCUGUUAUUAGUAAGAGACUCGGGAGAAAAUCAUACAAGGAGCAGUAUGCCUUCAUUUACAGGCAGAAGAUGCUGUCUGUGAAAUCCGUCUAUCAGUAUCCAGACACUCAAACCGGAGAUGAAGAUGCUUUUGCUCGAGAACCGUUCGUCGUGUGGUUUUCGUCUCCAAAAACUGAAAUCAAGGAUUUUGUCAUCAUUCCUAUUCACACAGCUCCAGAAGCGGCUGUGAAAGAAAUCGAUGAACUGUACGACGUUUACCAGAACGUUUCACAGCUGUGGCAAUCAGACAACUUUAUCAUCAUGGGGGAUUUUAACGCCGCCUGCGGUUACGUUCCAAAGAGACAGUGGGUGAACAUCCGUCUGCGCUCUGAAACUGAGUUUGUGUGGCUGACGGGUGACAAGCUGGACACGUCGGUGAAGACAUCCACUAAAUGUGCUUAUGACAGGGUCGUCCUCCGUGGAGAGCAGAUAAUUGAGGCUGUGAAUCCUGAAUCAGUGGAGGUUUUCAACUUUAAAGAUGAAUUUGGCCUCACUGAGCAGGAGGCUCUGGCCGUGAGUGAUCAUUUCCCGCUCUGCAUCACUGUAAAUCAAGCGCAGACGAGAGGAUAACAACCUUCUCCGUUUACACUUUUACUGCUCGCCGGCUUCAUUAGUCCUACAGAUGAGAAUGACAAACAGCUUAUAAG